UUCAUUUUUUCACUUUUUAGCAAUCAUCAGUGAUACUAUCCUGAAGAGUGUGCACUUGAUUUUAACUUGAUUCCAAUAUGGCGACUGUCAAUGUUACCCUGGUUCGUGAUACCAAGUGGCUGACUCUAGAAGUCUGUAGAGAAUUUCAGAGAGGAACUUGCUCUCGAGGUGAUGCUGAUUGCAAGUUUGCUCAUCCACCAAGAGUUUGCCAUGUGGAAAAUGGUCGUGUAAUGGCCUGUUUUGAUUCUCUGAAGGGUCGUUGUACUAGAGACAACUGCAAGUACCUCCACCCACCUGCACACUUAAGAACGCAGCUGGAAAUUAAUGGACGGAACAAUCUGAUUCAACAAAAGACUGCCGCAGCCAUGUUCGCCCAGCAGAUGCAGUUUAUGCUACAAAACGCUCAAAUGACAUCGCUCAAUGCUUUUCCUGUGGCACCAUCUCUUGCGCCAAAUCCUACCAUGGCGUUCAAUCCUUACUUACCUCAUCCUGGGAUGGGCCUGUUUCCUGCCGAACUGAUACCAAAUACACCUAUUCUGAUUUCUGGAAACCCACCUCUCGCAUUGCCAGGAGCUACGGGUCCAAAACUGAUGCGUUCUGAUAAACUGGAGGUCUGCCGCGAGUUUCAGCGUGGCAACUGUACCCGUGGGGAGAGCGACUGCCGCUAUGCCCACCCAACGGAUGCCUCCAUGAUUGAGGCAAGUGACAACACUGUGACCGUCUGCAUGGAUUACAUCAAAGGCCGAUGCUCCCGGGAGAAAUGCAAGUACUUUCAUCCUCCCGCACACUUGCAAGCCAAACUCAAGGCAGCUCAUCACCAGCUGAACCAUUCCAUUGGCACCACAAUGGCCCUACAGCCUGGUGCACUUCAACUGAUACCAAAGAGACCAGCAAUUGAUAAGACCAAUGGUGCCACUGCAAUUUUUAAUCCCAGUGUUUUCCACUGCCAACAGGCUGUGGCUAACCUGCCUCUUCCCCAGCCGGCAUUUAUCCCGGCAGGGCCAAUACUGUGCAUGGCACCCACUCCAAGUAUUGUGCCCAUGAUGCACGGUGCUACACCUACCACUGUGUCUGCAGCAGCAACACCUGCCACCAGCAUCCCCUUCGCUGCACCAACCACAGGCAAUCAGUUGAAAUUCUGAACAGCAGAGUUACGGAAUAUCGGAAUCUCUCCUUG